CGUGGUUGAAAUAUCGAAUUCUGAAAUGCACCUUCCACAACCCUGACAUUGGCGAUGAGCUCCAGGCGGUGUUUCGUGGCAGUAUUGACCCUUGUUUACCUUUGCCCAUGUUGCCCCAGCUUCCUGCAUUGGUUUCGUUUUGGAGCUUGCCGAAGCCCCCUCAAUCCACGAGUCGCUCAUUCGGCAACAAUACAUCGUCAUGGCACCAGCAACACAAUUCGAGGCGACGCAACCGCCCAAUGACGCUAUCUCGGCUCUCGUCUUCGCCCCAGGCACAUCAAGGCGACUGUUGGUUUCGUCAUGGGACAAGAACGUGUACCUCUACGAGGUUGCCAACAGCGCAGACGAAGCGGAAUUGAUUGGCACCUUUGAGCACCGCGCGCCCGUGCUGGACGUUUGUUUUGGCGCGAGUCCAGACGAGGCUUUCACAGCGGGGGUUGAUCACCAGGUCAAGAGACUUGAUCUCGCGACCGGCGAACAGACAGUCUUGAGCAAGCACUCCGAGCCCGUCCGCUGCGUCGUCUACAGCGCCGAGCACUCCCUCCUUAUUUCCGCCUCCUGGGACGGCACCCUUCACGUCCACAACACCGCCGACCCUUCCCGAACCCCACUUACCAUCCCCCUCCCCGGCAAACCGCACGCCCUCGCCGCCUCCCCAACCAAACUGGUAGUCGCCAUGACGGCACGCCUAGUGCACAUCUACGACCUCCCCACCCUUUCCAAAGCCCUCACAUCCUCCUCCACCUCCCCGCAACAACAACAACAACAACAACCCCCCCAGCCCUGGCAAACCCGGGAAUCCUCUCUCAAGUUCCUCACCCGCGCCGUAGCCUGCAUGCCCAACGACGCCGGGUACGCAACAUCGAGUAUCGAAGGGCGCGUGGCGGUGGAGUGGUUCGACGACAGCGCCGAAUCGCAGGCGCGCAAGUAUGCCUUCAAGUGCCACCGGCAGGCGGCGCCCGAGGACGAGGGCGGCGGCGACGUCGUGUACCCCGUCAACGCGCUCGCGUUCCACCCGGUCUACGGCACGUUUGCUUCCGGCGGCGGCGACGGCACGGUGGCUCUCUGGGACGCCGAGGCCAAGCGGAGGAUGAGGCAGUAUCAGCGGUUCCCCGAGAGCGUGGCGGCGCUGGCUUUCUCCGGGGAUGGCAAGUACCUUGCCAUUGGGGUCUGUCCUGGAUUCGAGACGGGCAUGGAGGAUUACAGUGGUGAGGGGAGGGCUAAGCUGUUUGUGCGCGAGUUGGGCGAGACGGAGGCGAAGGGGAAGGGAGCGAAAUGAACCGGUUGUUGCGCUCUGGUUGGUGUAGGGUAUAAAGGAUCUGGUUCGGGACUUGCGGCGUCGUAGGGGAAUUUCAUGCUUGACUUCCGUUAUUAUGUGGCUGUGUUGUGGUAUGUGGUUGAUUCCUCCAUUCUCGAUUGCUUCUCUGACUGAUGGUGAGCUAAGGAUUGAUGACAUCCAUUGAAAGCAAUUAGUCUCGAUCAGCAAACCCCUGACCGCGGUGUUUGAUG